UAUAAAUUAAUAUAUAAGAGGUUUACAUAGAUAUGUUUUAUUUAUUCUACAGGUUGAGGUUAGCAGUGAUUGGAUUGGCUGAGGAAUACAAACAUUUGGUGAGGGCAACACAUAGUGACGAUGCUGACUUUCACAGUGUUGUGAAACUAGUUCAACAAGGAUACAAAAUGAGGAGAAGCGAUUGGGAGAAAGGUUUUGUGGAUAUGUUUGUUGCAACAGAAGAUAUAGGUCAACAACGCAAGACAAAAGACGAAGAUGCAGAGCAUGGUGAAGAUCUGAACAAUAAUGAAGAUGAAGAGGAAAAGAAAGAUGAAGAGGAAAAGACAGAUGAAGAGGAAAAUAAAGAUGAAGAGUAUCAAAAGGAUAAGGAGCAAAGAAAAGAUAAAAAUCAUUCCAUGUCUAACAGCGAGAAACUUGAUAAGCUAAUCCAAAUGGUUCGUGAUUUGGAUAAGCGAGUAGUAAUGAUCCAGAAUGUUUUAGGAGUUAAGUUUAACGACAGUUCACCAAACAAAGAAGAUUGUGAAAAUGGAGCUAGUUCUGGUGAUAGAAGAAGUGCACAAGAUUAUCAAAAUGAAGAAGAUACAAUUAAUGAAGAAGCAAACUCUGAUGAUAAAAAAAAUGCACCAGAUGAUGAAAAUGAAGAAGAUACAAUUGCUGAAGAAGCAAACUCUGAAGAUACAAUUGCUGAAGAAGCAAACCCUGGCGAUGGAAGAAGUGCACUGGAUGAUGAAAAUGAAAAAGAGAUAUGUGAUGAAGAAGCAAAAUCUGGUACAGAGCAUCAAAGGGAAGAAGAGAAUAUUCUUGGGAAAAUUGAGACUACACAAAAAAUCACUCAAGACGAAGACACAGAAAAACUUGAAUCAGAAAGUUGCUUGAAACAAACGUCGCAGGUUACGUCGCCUACUCCAACAUUCAAUACUCCAAACUUUGAUACAAGGGUUUCAUCGCCUAAUCCAACAUUUACGUCUCCUAAGUUUGAUCUCCUUUCCCAAGAAAGUCAUAGUGGAAAGGAUACAAAUGAGGUAUUUUAUAAAGCUUUAUAAACUAUUUCAUGAUCGUUAAGGUCUCUUAAACAAUUAUAUAAAAACGAUUUGCAUGAAUCAGGUUCUUAUGAGAGAUGUUUAUGAGAUUCAUGUUUUCCAACCUCUAAUGAAUAUAAAAAGAGAUUGGUACAACAACACAGCCAGAUUUGUUUUCCAAAUUUUAUGAGUAUUGAUUUAUUUUAUAGACUUAAUAAUCCUUUGUAAAAAGGGGACUAUUUUUUUUGUUCUGUAGGUAAACGAAGAUGUUGAGCCUCCACUUCAAAAGAAGUUUAAAGCUGAUACAGAUAAUGUUCCGCUAAGAAGAAGUGAAAGAGGUCAAAUACCAUCCAUUCAUACACAACCACCGUUUACAGGAGCAAGGAAGAAACAUCCGAUUCUUCAUCCCUUUGAGCCAGUUGAUAAAACAAGAAAA